GGGCACAGGUGGGUGGCACUGGUGGGCACAGGUGGGUGGCACUGGUGGGCACUGGUGGGUGGCACUUCUGGGCACAGGUGGGUGCACUGCUGGGCACAGGUGGGGGCACUGCUGGGCACAGGUGGGUGCACUGCUGGGCACGGGUGGGCGGAGCUAGUGGGCGCACUGCUGGGCGGAACUUGCGGGUGUCACUGCUGGGCACCGAUCAUCAGGGCACUGAUCAUCAGUGCCCUGAUGAUCGGUGCCGAUCCCCGCUCUGACAACUGCCGGUUCUCGGGCAGUACUUUCCUCACGAUCUGACAGCGUGAGGAAAAAGCAGCCGAGAACCGGCACUUGCAU